CUAACGGAGAAGGGAGAGGGGCACCGGUAUUGGGCCAGCCCAGACAGAUGACACGAUUGGGCUCCCUCCAAUAGUUGGGCCUUGGAUAUGGAACGACGUCGCUUCAAAGCUUGGAUCAGAACCCCUAAUCUCAGUCUCAUCCUCAUCCGGAAGGCAUCUGCAUUCAGCAAUCCGCCUCUCUCGAUCGCAAUGGAGAUCUCCGCCGGCGAAGCGAAGAAGAUAAAGUUGAAACCAAUCGAAGCAACACCGGAGAGCUUCAUGGACUAUGGCCAGGUGAUCGGCCCGUCACCGGACGGCGAAGAGUUCGGGCCGCAAGACGCGCAGCUGAACUUGAGCGAGGGAACUCCGAGGUUCUACAUCAUGAGCCUGACGAACCGGCCCCUCGGAUUCUCCACCAUCACGCACCACGCCAAGGUCACGCAGUGCCUGGGUUCCAUCGGCGGCGGCGCUUGGUACCUGGGCGUCGCGAAGCCGUCGAUCGUGGCGGAGGCGGCGGCGGCGCCUGAGGAGGAGGGUGUGAAGAGAUCGAGGUGCGGCCAUUUGUACGCGGCUCCCGAGAUCGAGGAAGUUCGGGUGUUCAGGUUCAGCGGGCCCAAGUUCGUGAAGCUGGGAAAGGGGACGUGGCACGCUGGGCCGUUGUUCGAAGGAGAAUCCAUGGAUUUCUACAAUCUGGAAUUGAGCGACACUAACGUGGUAGACCACACAACCCAUAACUUCAGCAAGGAAGAUGGAGUGGUUUUUGCAAUCGAGAAAAGCGAGUAGCCUGCGUAGCAAGCAACCCUCCUCUCCAUUUGGUUCCUUCACUUCUUGUAAUAUGACACUGUAGCAUAAUCUCAUAAAUGGCAUCCCUUUGUUGUCCGUCAUCUAAAUGUCAAGAAAGAGGUCUUCAAUCC